UUUCUUGCCAACUGCCACGUUCGUGGAUGUCCUCGACAUCGCUAUAGCAGCUACCCUGGAAUCGUGAAUCCCUGUCCAUGCUUGGUCUGCGAGCGGCUCCCAAUAAUCGGGGGUUGCGUAAAUGUGACAGAUUUCCCGACUGCGCCAAAAAGUAAGAUUGUUAUAGUGCGAAAGGUCAUUUCUUACUAUAUACGGAUUGCGACAAAAUGUAACGCCGUUGAUAGAUCAGGCAACAGGGGUAGCAGGUAGGGCAAGCUACAUGCUGGGUCCAUAGGGCUGGGGACGAUAGGUAAGGCAUUUUGUGAAUUGUGAUUUUGAUACGGUGAUGGUUGCGCAACUUGCUUUCGGGAUGUAACAUAAGAUAUUAAAUAAUUUACGACUUCACCUGUAUCCCUUACGAGGCUGCAGCCUUUUCUCGUACUUCUUGCUUUCCCCCUCUCUCUUUGUUUCCUUUCCUUCUCCAUCGUUUUAUCAUAAGAAUUUCAAACAUCACGAUGCCCGCUGUGACCAUCGCCCUCGGUGGCUUAGUAGCUACCUACAUUUUUCUUCGCGUUCUCCUUCACUUGACUCAGGAUGCCAGGGAACCGCCAGCAAUAGAGACUCGAAUUCCCUUCCUGGGCCCCUUGUUUGGGAUGUUUAGAGAGAAGUCACGCUUUUAUCUUCGAAUAAGAGAUACCUACAAGCUUCCGAUCUACACUCUGCGGAUGCCCUUCUCGCGGAUGUACAUCGUAAAUGCUACUGAACUCAUCCCCGCGGUGCAGAAACACUGGCGUACCAUCAGCUUUGCUGCUAUCGCGGCCGAUGCAGGCAACUUUGUUGGGAUGAGCAAAGGGGGCGUCGAGGUAAUGCGUCAGAACCUCCAAAGUGAGGAUGGCUUCAGCAUAAGUUGGCCCAAGUAUAUUGCGCCCGUGUUGGGCCCUGGAGAGGACCUUGAUGCGAUAAACAGGAAAUCAGUUGAGGUUUUCUCGGCAGAAAUGGAAAAGUUGCGUUCACAAGGAACUACGAAAGUCGGCCUGUGGCAGUGGUCACGUCGAAUCAUGGUUGAAUCCACGACGGAAGCAAUCUGGGGACCGGAGAAUCCGUACCGAGAUCCGAUCAUAGCUGACGCUUGGAAGACAUUCGAGGCCGGCUUUUUAACUCUUUCGGUCUUUCCUUUCGCUUCCCUAUUUUUCCCCAAGCUUGUUCGUGCUCGUGAGCUUGCGGCCAAUGCCAUGAUCGACUAUAUGCGUAAGGGCGGGCACGAACAAGGUUCUGGACUCGUCCGUAGGCGCUUUGAACACCAUCGGCAUCUAUUCGGCCUCAGUCUGGAAGAUGUGGCGCGAGGCGAACUCGGUAACACCUUUGCCGUCUUGGGAAAUUCAACUCCCUGUUCUCUAUGGGUUCUUUACCACAUCUUUUCGGACGAGGAGGUGCUAGCCGAUGUACGCCGCGAAGUUUCAAAUCUGGUGCGCGAGGAGAAGGAUGAAGAAAAGGGUACCGUUAACGUUGUGGACUUGGCUGGCAUUCGCGAAUCUUGUCCUAUACUCCUAAGUACAUUUCAGGAGACGCUACGUUAUCGCGCCGUCAACCCUGGCCCCCGUGUGAUUCUCGAAGACGUGCUCUUGGAAGGGCGCUUCCUUCUCAAGAAGGGUAACAUGCUCAUGAUCCCGGCUCCAGUACAGCACACUGAUGUCGCUGCAUGGGGAGAGAAUGCGAAGAUGUUUGAUCAUCUGCGCUUUGUGCGGAAGCCCAGCCCUGGACACAAGAAGCCUAACAGAGUGGCAUUCCGCGCAUUUGGUGGUGGCCAUGUCCUCUGCCCUGGCCGCCACUUUGCAAGUACGGAGAUCAUGGCACUUGCAGCGCUGCUAGUGCUCCAGUUUGACGUAGUGCCUGUUGCUGGCAAGUGGGUUGAGCCUACAUGGGAAAACUCGCCUGUUCAGGCAGGGUUUCCCGUCAUAGACAAGGAUAUCGAUGUCGAACUUCGACCAAGAGACCCUGAAAAGAAGUGGCACGUAAUAUUUACCGGCUCAGAUAAGGCUAUGGGGAUUGUGUCUGAAGACAGCCUUCCUAAUAAUAGUAAUUAAUCGGCGCCGUGCAUUGUCGGUUUUGGGUCUAAGGCAAUAGGGUACCUUAUGCGAAGUUUCUACGUAACCCAUUUUAAUAAAGCCUUGUUUUUUCUGUGUGCAUCGAGACUUCGUCAGACAACCUCAUUUCCACUAUGAUUUCUUAGAAACUCAGACUGAACUCG